AUGAAUAUAUUACCAAACGGUACUCCAUAUUUAGAAUUAGGACCAAGCAUAAAGAAUUUGAAAGCUGGUUCUAUUCCUACAACUGUAGUCUAUAUUAUUUUACUAAAUGGAUUUAAUUUCCAACUUUUAAAUGGUAUUUUACCAAGUUCACUUCAAGUAUUAUAUGUUGGAGCUAUCGAAAAACCAUUAUUGAAUGGUUCAAUACCAUCAAAUGUUUCCACACUCGUUUUAUUGGAUGGAUUCAAUCAAAAAAUAUCUGAAAUACUACCAAGGAUUAGUGUUGUAUAUGUUGGUGAUAUUCAUUCAGAAGAAAUUCCACUAAAAAGUACUAUCCAAAUUAAAAAAUCCCCUUCUUGUAAACAACAAUUCAACAAUAGCAAUUAUGUAUACGAAUGGGAAGGAUGUAAGGAAAAAUAG